AUGGAGCCCUGGCGUAGCGAGAGCUUCCCCAUGACCGUCGCCUGCGGCGUCUGCACCGUGGAGAUGGUCGUCGACUCGCCGGACGUGAUCCCGUUCCUCGCCUGCGACGUCUGCGGCUCGACGCCCUGCGGGCGGCUCUGCGGCAAGUGGUUCCAGAACGAGGACGGCGCGACGAAGCACACCAUGUCCUGCGGGCGCCGCGCGGCCGCGCCGCGGCCGCAGCGCGUCGCGCGCGACUCGCCGCCGCGCGCGCCCGAGCCCAAGGCCAAGGCGCGCGCGCCGAAGAAGCGGGCCGCGCCGCCGGCGGACGUCAAGCCCCGGGCCGCGGAGACGGCGCCGAGCCACUCGCUCCUCGGCGGGUUCGCGCUCCCGCCGGCGCCCGCGGCGCGCGCGGCGCCCGCGCGCGCGCCGCCGCCGCCGGCCGCGGCGCCCGCGCCGCCGCCGGCCGCGGCGCCCGCGCCGCCGGCGCCCGCGCCGCCCGCGCCGGCGUCGCCGCCCGCGGUGACGCCCGAGCCGGCGGCCGCGGCCGAGGCCGCGGGCUCGGGCUUCUCGGCCGAGGGCGCGGCGCUGUCCGUCGCGGCGUUCGUGCGCGCGCUCGACGGCGCCUUCGCGUCCCUCGGCGGCCGCGAGCGCGUCGAGCACGGCGGCGGCGUCCGGGGCAACCUCGCGCCCGACGCGUCCGUGUGCUCGUCCGGGCAACGCGACGCGCACUACGGCGCGGUGCUCCCCAACCUCGUCGCGCACUGCCUGUCGCGCGCGCGUCUCGCCGCGGGCGAGACCUUCGUCGACGUCGGCAGCGGCCUCGGCGCCGCGGUGCUCCAGGCGGCGCUGACGACGACGUGCGCGCGCGCGGUCGGCGUCGAGGUCGUGCGGAGCCGCCACGACGCCGCGCUGGCGGUUAGAGACGCAACGCUGGCGCAGCUGCCGCCGGCGGCCGCCGCGGCGCUGGAGGCCCGGGCGGAGCUGCGGCUCGGCGACGCCUUCGACGCGGCGACGGCCGACUUCCUGAGCUCGUGCGACGUGCUGCUCGUCAACAACGCGAACGGGACCAUGGCGCCGGAGCGCGUCGCCGUCGCGUCGCACCGGCCCCUCGACGAGCAGCUGGCCAACGUCGCGAAGCGCUGCCGCGUCGGCGCGCGGCUCGUCGCCAUGGACACGAUCCCGCUAUUGGACGCCGCGGCGCUCGGCGGCGCCUUCGACCGCCUCGAGUUCGACUCGGGGCCCCUCGCCGUGUCCUGGACCGACGGGCCCGUGCCCCUGGUGCUCUACACGAAGCGCAAGGUCUCCUGGACCUGCCCGCGCUGCACCUUCGAGAACCCGCUCUUCGACGACUUCGCCUUCAUCACGGAGUGCGCGCUCUGCCCGGACGAGCUCCGCGCCAAAGGAGACCGCGUGGGGCGGGCUCCGCUGGUCCGGACGAGCAUGAGCGACGACAUGAGCGACGGCGACGACUUUGGCGGCGGCCGCGGGUCCCCGCGGAGCCGCGGCACGCCCGUCGCGAAUCGUUCGUCGGGCCGGCUCCCGCCGAAGCGCAAGGCCGGGGCGGGCGGCGACGACGGCGACGCGCGGUCGCGGCGGCGCCGCGGGCGCGACGCGCCCGCCGGGCGGCACCGCGACGGGGGCGAGGCGCUCGCCGCGGCGCGCCGGUUCCUCGACGCGACGGAGGCCCAGGCGCGCGGCGGCGACGACGGCGCGCGGCACCUCGAGCUCGAGCCCCUGGCCAAGCUCUGCUACGCCCUCUCCCACCGCUCCGCGCGAGGCGACGACGAGCGCGCGCUCGCGCGGCGCGCCGUCGCCGUCGCGACGGCCGCGCUCCUGGCCGUCGCGGCGGCGGACGGGCCGGCCUUCGGCGACGACGACGCGGCGGGGAACGCGCGCGGCGCGACGACGACGCGCGCCGCGGCCGCGGCCGCCAAGGACAAGGGCGACGCGGCGCCGCCGGCGGACGACCCGUGCCCCGGCCGCCGCGCGGGCCACCGCGCGCAGCUCGCCUGCGCGGCGGCCCUCGAGCUCGCCCUGCUGCACGUCGAGGCCGACGCGCGGGACCCGGCGGCGCCCGGCGCCGUCGCGGCCCUCGACGCGCUCGGCGCGCUCUGCGGCUCGGGCGCCGUCUCCGACGCGGCGCGGUCGCUCGCGGGGCGGCACGAGGGUGAUUCAACGUCGCUCGCGGCGCCCGCGGCCGAGCCCCGGGGCCGCGACGACGACGUCGCGCCCUUCGAGGACAUCCUCGUGACGACGCUCAAGGCCGCGGCGGCGCGCGCGGGCGACCGGCUGCCCGCGGCGCGGCCGCGCGCCGCCGCGGCGCGGUCGCCGCCCGCGGACGCGCUCCACGCGCUCGCCUGCGCGGAGCUGAGCCGCGUCGAGGGCCCGCGGCGCCUCCUCGCCGCCGCCGCCGAGGGCCUGCGGGCCGCCGGCGGCCGCGCCAUCGACGAGGACGGCGCCGCGGACGGCGACGGGCCCGCGCGCGCGCGCGCCGUGCUCUGGUGCGCGGAACUCGCGACGGUCGCGCGGACCGUCGAGGAGCGCGCCGCCGACGCGGGCCUGGGCCUCGAGACGAAGAAGACGAAGGCGGCCGUCGAGGCCACGUGCCUCGACGUCGCCGCGCGUUUAGGAUCCGCCGUCGCCGCGGGCGCGGACGGCGGCGGCGACGCGCCCGCGCCCGCGGGCUGGCGCGCGGCCAAAAAGCGCGUCGCGGCCCAGCUCCUCGGCGGCGACGGCGACGACGCCGUCGCGAGCGCGGCGCUCGCGGCCUGGGCGGCGCUGGGCGAGAUCGCGGAGCGCAACGAGAGCGCGGAGUCGGGCCCGCACGCGCGGCGGACCCUCGACGCCGUCGCGGCCGCGGCCGUGCUCCGGGGCCGGCGCCGCGCGUCGAGCGUCGUGCUCCAGUGCCUGGCGUCCGAGACGGCGUCGGCGGGGCCCGUGACCAUGGGCGCGACGCCGCGGGCCGUCGCGGGCUUCGUCGCCGACGCCGUCGCCGCCGCGCUCGACCGCGGGGCCUGGGCGCCGCUCACGCUGGACCCGAAGACGGUCCUGGACGGCGUCGCGGCGUUGGCCGCGGCGGCGAACGCGCGGUCCUCGCCGAGCGACGCCGGCGCCGCGAGUCUGGGCGCCAAGUGUCUCGGCGCGCUCGCGCGCGCGCUCGCGGCGCCCGGCGACGGGUCGCCGGCGGACCGCAAGCCCGCGGCCGCGCCGUCGAAGCGCAAGCGCCGCGGCGACGAGCCCGAGGCGAACGACGACGGGCCCAGCGCCGCGUUCCGCGACGCGCUCGGCGGCGACCACGCCGUCGCGCUGCUCUACGCGGCGGCGUGGGGCGACGACGACGACGGCGACCGCGGCGACCGCGACCGCGACGGCGCGUGGGCCGCCGUCGGCGCCGCGGCCGCGGCCGCGGGCGACGCGCUCUGCCGCGGCGACGGCGGCCGUUUGGACGCCGCGCGGGCCGCGCUCGUGGCCCACUGCGGCGUCGACGGCGCCUUCGACGCGCUCAUGCCGCGGCGCGCGUUCGUGCCCCUCUACGAGGCGCUCCUCCGCGACGCGGGCGACGACCGCGGCGACGCGGGCGCGCUCGAGGCGCUCGCCGCGUUGCUCCUCGGCGACGACGGCGACCUGUGCCCGCUGGCCUUCGCGCCGCGGGCCGCGCGGUUCGUCGUCGACGCGCUGUCGUCGCCGCGGCGCGACGCCGUCGCCGAGACGGUGGGCGACGCGCUGUUGGAGAGUUUGCUAGGGUUGUGCGCGGAUGGCGUGGACGAUGCCCUGGCGUCCACGGCGGCCGCGCGGCUCUGCUGCGUCGCGCGCGCGGGCCUGGGCGCCGCGCCGCGGCCGCUCGACGCGUUGGUGCCGCGGCCGGAGCAUUCCGCGGAGGCGAGCGACGACGCGGCCUACGGCGACCUGCGGGCCGCGCCGGCGGCGGGGUCGGCGGCGAGCCGCGCGGCGCCGGCGAAGCGCGAGCGCCGGCGGCGCGGCGGGCCGGGGCCCGCGGCGCAGGCCAAGAGCGAGGACGCCGCGGGCCGCUUCCGCGACCUCGCCGAGGCCUGCGGCGGCGAGCUGCGGGCCGCGGCGCUCGGCCUCGUCGACAAGGCGGCCGGGGGCGCGCGGUCCCUCUUCCUCGGGGACGCGGCCUGGCGUCUCGCCUGCCGCGUGCCCGGCGCCGGCGACGCCGACGGCCCCGUGGCCGGCCUGCUCGCGGCGGCGGCGCUCGCGCGCGCGUCCGACGCGCGGCCCGACGGCGCGCCGCCGGUCCCGGCCGACGACGCGGCCUUCGCCGCGGCGCGGACCGCGCUCCGGAGCGUCGCCGCGUCCCUGGGCGGCGACGCCGCCCCGGGCUGGGCCGCCGCGGCGGCCGCGGAGGCGCUCGCCGUCGCGGUGCGCGCGGCCGCGUUCCCGCGGUCGUCCGGCGACGGCGACGACGACGACCUCGACGUCGACGACGGCGGCGACGACGAGAACGACGACGGCGCCGGCGGCGACCACGGCGUCCUGGCCGACGAGCUCCUGGCGGCGCUCGGCGCCGCCGCGGACCGCCACGACCGCGUCGUCGACCGCGCGCUCGGCGGCGGCGGGCCCGCCGACGACGACGGCGGCGACGCGAAGAAGCGGCGCCGCCGGGGGCCCGGGUCCCGCUCCGGGUCGCCGCGGCCCGAGGACGACGGCGCCCAGGCCGACGCGAAGCUCGGGCGCCUGCUGCUGCGCGCGCUCGGCGGGCCCGGCGGCCGCGGCGCGACGGGCGCGGCGGCGGCCGCGCCGCCCGGGUCGCUCCUCGGCGACGGCGGCGACGAGGCGACCGGCGGCGACGACGCGCGGGACUGCGCCGCGCGGCUCGGCGCGCGGCUCCGGCGCCGGGGGUGGGCCGCGGCGGCCGGCGCGCUCGCGGACGCGCCCGAGCGCGGCGGCCGCGUGAGCGGCGCGGCGGAGGCCCUCGACCGGCGCGUCGCGCGCCACCUCGCCGCGGCCCCGACGGCGUCCCCCAAAGCGCCGCCCCUCGACGCGUCGAAGCGCUGCGUGGGCGCGCUCGCGGCCGCGACGCGCGCCCUGGCCGUCGCGGCGAAGCGGCGCGACGCGCGCGCGCCCGCGGCGGCGCGGUCCGAGGCGACGGCGCGGGCCGCGCGCUUCGCCGCGGCCUUUGGGCGGCUGAAGAACGACGGCGCCUUCGGCUUCGCGCGGCCGGCCGCGGCGGCCGCCGCGGCCGCGCUCGCGAAACGUCCCUCGGACGCGCGCGCGCUCGACGCGGCCUUUUCGCUCGACGCGCUGCGCCGCCUCUUCGCCCCGGCGCGCGGCGACGGCGGCGACGACUGGGCCGUCGCGCGGCGCCUCGCGCUCGACGACCUCGAGGCCUGGGCGCAGUCGCCGCGCGCGGAGCACAAAGCGAAUUUGGCGCUCUUCUUCGACGGCGACGCGGCGGGCGGCGACGCGCUCGGCGACGCGCCCGGCGGCGACGUCGAGGCGCUGGUUUCCUGGGCGUUGGACGACGACGCCGGCGCCGCGGCGGAGAAGGCGCCGAAGCGCAAGAAGGCGCCGCCGCAGCUGGACGCGGCGUCGGAGCCCGGCGACGACCCGCGCCGCAAUCGCGCGUCGCCGUCGACGCGGCGCGCCGUGGCGCUCGUACAGGCCGUCGGCGUGCGCGGGCCGGGCCCGAGCCGCGUGCGCGAUGCGCUGCGGCGCGCGCUCGCGAAGGCGCCGAAGCCGUCGCUCGACAAGCUCCUCGGCGCGCCGGAUUCCGAGCUCGACACGGAGCCCCUCUGCGAGGUGCUCGCGUGCGCCGUCGCCGACGACGGCGCCGCGGCGCGGGCCGCCGACUUCGUCGCCGGCAACGGGCCCUGGGACGACCGGCCCGCGGCCAAGUCGAGCCGCCACCCGGGCGGCGCGGCCGCGUGCGCCAAGGUCUACGCGGCUUUGGCGGCGCACCCGCCGGCCUGGCUCGGCCGCCGGUCCCGGCACAGCCGGCCCCUCGAGCAGCUACUCGUGCUCGCCGCGGCGCUGUCGAACGGCCUGCCCGGCCUCGUGGACGCGCUGGCCAAGGCCGCGUCGUCCGAGGUGCAGAAGCGGGGCGCCGACGGCCCGUCGCUCGGCGUCGCGCGGACGCUGGAGCUCGCCGCGGCGCUCGUCGCCGGUCUCUGCGGCGCCGCGGACGCGCUGGAGCCGCCGCGCGCCGUCCUGCCCGAGCCGCCGCCGCCCGUCAAGGCCGUGGAGGCGCCGGAGCCGGACGCGCUGCGGUGCACGUACGCGACGUCGGGCGGCGACUUCGUGGACCAGCACUGGUACAACUGCGCGACCUGCGGCCUCGUCGGCGACAAGGGCUGCUGCUCCGCCUGCGCGCGGAAAUGCCACGCGGGCCACGAGCUCUCCUACUCGCGCAAGUCGUCGUUCUUCUGCGACUGCGGCGCGCGCGGCGACGGCGACGACGACGGCGCGCCGCGCGGCUUGGCGGACGCGCUGGGCCGCGGGCGCCACGCGUCGGCGGCGGCGGCGCUGCUGGCGGCGGCGCCGCCCUGCAAGUGCCUCGCGGCGGCGGCGACGGCGCCCGCGGGCGCGCGGCGCGCGGCCGCGCCGCGGCCGAAGAAGGCCGCGGCGCCCGAGGCGCCGCGCCCCAGGCGCGACCGCGACGCGCUGCUCCUGCGCGUCGGCCGCGUCGCGCUGGGCCGCGCGGAGAAGCUCAAGCCCGCGGCGGCGCGCGCCCUGGCGGCCCUCGCGCGCGAGCUCUGCGACGUCGGCGCGGGCGCGGGCGCCGCGAAGCCGGCCGCGAAGCCCCGGAGCCCGCGGUCGCGCGACGCCGCGUCCGUCGCCGGCGGCGCGUCGGCGUCGUCCGUGCAGUCGACGAGCCCGCCCCCGAGCCACGCGUCGGGCGCCGCGCGGCGCCGCGGCGGGCCCGGCGGCGGCGCCGCGCGCGCGGCGGCCGGCGGCUCCGGCGGCGGCGCCGCGCUCGCCGACGACGACGCGGCGCCGACGGCCGCGCCGCCGCAGCGGCGCUUCGCGGCCGUCGGCGGCUUCGACGCGCGGGGCCCCGGCGACGUCGGCUCGGGCCCCGUGGCGCGCCAGCUCAAGGCCCUCGUGAGCCGGCACCGGCUCGCGCCGCGCCUCAUCUCCGCGGACCGGCGGGGGCGCGUCGCGGUCGCGGAGCGGCGGCACGUGCUCCUCACGGCUUUGACGAACUGCCUCGCGCCCAACGGCGGCGACGGCGGCGAUGCCGUGCGCGCGGCGGCCUGCGCCCUCGGUCGGCUGUCCGUGGCCUUCGACGUCGCGGGCGUCGCGUUCUGCCCGAGUAGCGACCGCCACCUGGCGGUCUGGGGGCUCCGCGACUGCUCGGUCUUCGCGCUCGACGGCGGCGCGCGCCGCGGCGACGCCGCGAGCGCCACGGGCGAGGAGUCGAAGACCGACGACGCCGCGGCGCGGCUCUGCGCGUCGGCGCAGAUCCGCGUGGAAUUGGCGCUCGACGCGUUAGCGUCCGACAGCGCGCACGUCGUCAAGUGCGCGUGGGUCCCCCGGUCGUCGUCCUGCCUCGUCGUCGCGACGACGCUGGGCGUCCACGUCUACGAUUUGGCGGUGGACGCGUCGACGCCGACGCACGCCUACGUGCUGGCCUACGACCAGCACCACGUCCGCGACGCCGUCGUCACGCCGCCGCGCCACGCGUGGCGGGGCGCGCGCGCGCUCUACGUCGUGCUCGACACGGGCCGCGUCUUCGCCGCAGAUUUAGAAAUUGCGCCGGGCGACGACGGCGACGACGAGGCGCUGCUGGGCGCGUCGAGCUUCGCGUCCGCGGCCGCGGCGGCGGCCGCGCGCGACCGGCGGCGCCGCCGCGGCGGCGGCGGCGGCGCGAUCGAGCGGCCGCGCGAGGUCUAUUUGGACCUCCACGACGCCCUGCCGCUGCCGUCGCGCCUCUUUGGGGGCGCGGGCGCGGCCCACGCGCUGCUCUACAGCGUCCAGGCCCACGCGCUCGUGCUCAGCCGCGACGGCGCGCCCGCGGUCUGCGUCUGCGUCACGCUCGGCGAGGGCGUCCGCGACGUCGUCGGCGGCUUCAAGCUGUUGAACCGCGCCCUGCCCGGCGCGGCGAGGCCGCCGGCGGCGGCGGGAAACGCCCGCGCGCCGGCGAACUCGGCCGACGAAUUGUUGCUCGCGGCGCUCGCGGCGACGUCGGCGACGGGCGCGCGCCGCGGCGGCGCCGCGGCGCCCGCGGCGGCGGCCGCCGACGCGACGCACGCGCCCUACGCGGCCUGGGUCGAGUGGCCCCGAAGUGGCGGCGGCGACGGCCACCUCGACGUCGUCUGCGUCGCGCGCGGGCGCGCGCGCCCGGCGCCCGCGGCGAGCCGCUUCGGCGGCGGCGAGCCGCUCCGGGGCGCGGCGCCGGCCGCCGCGCACCGCAAGGUGCUGGGCACGUGCCUCUACCGGAACCCGGCGCUACCGGGCGCGUGCCAGCUCCUCGCGCUCUUGGACGACGGCGUUAUCGCGUGCUUCGACCACCCCGACGGCGACCGCGACGACGAGCUCGACGGCGACGAGUCGGACGAGACGCCCUCGCGGUGGGCCGCCGAGGCGCCGCGCUGCACCGUCUUCGAGGAGCUGGUCGCCGUGCCCCACGCGCGCCUCGACUUCAGCGGCGACCUCUGCCUCGGUAAUUCCCGCGACGAGCUCCGGCGGAAGCUGCGGCCGGGCAACGACGAGUAUUUGGUGGCGUCGCGCGCCGAGGGCGGCACGUUCGUCGCGCGGUCCGAGCGGCCGGGCGACGUCGAGGUCGUGCGCGUGCUGCUCGGCGCCGCGUCGCCGGAGCACGUGCCGCGCACGCUCGUGGUCUGCGGCCGGCGGCUCGACGUGUCGAAGGACGACCGGCGCUGGUACGACGUCGCGCUCUCGGACGGCGACCGGCGGGUCUGCGCGGCGCUCGGGGGCGUGGCCCUGAGCCUGCUGGGCUCGAACACGGCGGGCAACCCGCCCCUGCUUGAUGCUUUAGAGCUCUACGUCGCCGCGCCGGCCGAGGGCGCGGCGGCGGUGCCGGAGGCCGCGGCCGCGGCGCCGGCGCCGCCCGAGGACGCGGCGGCGCACCACCCCCCUUUGUGCGCGCGGGGCCCCGCGCUCCAGCGCUGCCUCGUCGCCGCCGCGCGCGCCGCGGCCAUCGCCGCGGCGGCCGUCGCCGGCGACGUCGACGCCGCCGACGUGUUCCCGAGGGACGGGCGGGAUCCCUUUGGUGGUGUAGUGUCUCUCGCAACAAAAGCUUCGAAGCCGAACCCGCUCUGCCGCGCGGCGCUGCGGCUCGUGGAGAAGACGUGCCUCGGCGAGUCGCAGCGGGCCCUGGCCUUCGCCGCGGCGACGCUCGUCCGCGUCGGCUGCGACUUCGACGGCGACGCCGCGGCGCUCGCGGUCGACGGCGCGCGGUUGGAUCGCCUCGACGGCGCGCUCUUCGCGGGCGACGAGCCGCGGCGGCCGCCUUUGGGCGUCGCGCGCCUCGCGCUGACGCUCGCGGAGCGGCGGCCCGCGGCCUUCGAGGCGCGCUUCGGCGGCCGCGAGGGCUUUGGGUUCGCGCGCGCGCUCGACGCGUUCGCGGCCACGAAGAGCCAGAGCUCCCCGGCGGCGAAGCGCGACACCGCGGGCGUGCUCGUGCGCCUCGCCUGCGGCGAGCUCUUCUGCCGCUGCCGGGCCGCGCCCGACGACGACGCGCCCGACGUCGCGCGGGCCGGCUGGCUCGCGCUCCUGCCGCUCCUCGAGGACGGCGACGCCGCGGACGCGGCGUGCGAGCGGUUGGCCGCGUGCUUCGGCGACGCGAUGGCCGACGACCCGGCGGGCGCCGCGCGCGCGUCCACGGACGGCGUCGAUCCCACGGCGCCGAGCCCGCGCAAGGUCGUGCCCAUGGACGAGUCCAAGGACGAGGACGAGGAUUUGUGCGAGUCGAAGGAGGCGCCGGCGGAGGACGCGGGUCCCGACCGCGUGCCCGUGUCGCGGAUGACCAAGGGCGGCUUCCUCGUGGCGGCGGUCCUCCCCCUGCUCCUGGACCGCCUGCGGAAGCACGUCGUCGUCGCCUGCCUCGACGGCGGCGGCGCCGUGCGGACGCCGGGCGACCUCGGGUCGCCGUGCGCGAUCGCGCGGUACCUGGCCACGGUGCUCGACGUCGUCGCGCGCGCGUGGGCGACGGGCGACGCCGCGCUCGCGCGCGUGCUGGGCGCGCGGGCCGCGGCCUUCUUCGCCGGGGAGCUGCGCUACGCGGCCUGCCACGACGCCGUGAACAAGAAGCGGCGGCGCCACGCGCGCGACCUCCGCCGCGGCGACGGCGUCGAGUGGGACGGCGACGCGGACGGCUCCUGGUUCGCGCCGGGCGAGGCCGACGACGGCUCGCCGGACACGCUGCGCGGCGACGUCGUCGUGUUGCUCCUGCGGAGCCUGGAACGGCUCUGCGCGGGCGCGCCGCCGGCGAAGGGCGAGCGCCGCGGCCGGAGCGAGUCGCAGGGCUCCGACGGCGGGUCCCAGGCCCUGUCCCAGGACGAGCGGCCGCCCAAGGACGAGACCACCUCGCCGGCGAAGCCGCCGCCCGUCGACGCGACGGCGCUGCGCUGCGCCGCGGACGCGGGCCGCGGCGGCGUCGCCGCGUGCGCGCCGCGGCCGCUGUCCGCGGACGCGGGCGCCGCGGCCGCGCGCGCGGGCGCGCGGGCCGCGCGCGCGGCGGCGGCGGGCGCGCUCGACGAGGCCGGCGACGUCGGCGUGACCCUGGGCGACGCGCUCGUGGCGCGCGCGCGGCGGGCGCUGGCGGCGCUGGCCGCCGAGGCCGCGCCGGGCGGCCCCGCGGACCUCGACGACGACGCGCGGCAGCGCGCGACGUCCUACGACGAGGAGUGCGGCGACGCGUCGCCCCUGCUCCUCAACGCCGACGGCGACGACGACGACCACGCGGGCUGCCCGGCCCCGGCGACCGACGCGUGGGACGACGACGACGACGACGACGUCGGAGACGACGCGACGAUCCCGCCUUUGGAUGAUCCGACGCGCGCGGCGGUGAAGACACAUGGCGCGCCCUGGUGGCUGCCCCUGGUCGUCGCGCGCGAGUGCGACGCGCCGCCCGCGGGCGCGGCGUCGCCGCGGUCCGCGCUGGCCUGCGCGUUCCUCACGGCGGCGCUCGGCGCGCUCGCGUCCUUCGGGGGCGCCUUCGGCGACGCCGCGGGCGACCGCUGGCCGCCGGCCUUUGUGGCCGCGGCCUGCGACGCCGUCGCGUCCAGGGAGCUCGGCGCGGCGGCGCGCAACGCGGCGAAGCGCGUGCUCCGGCGGCUCUGCGGCGGCAGCGGCCGCGAGUACCGCGCCUGCCGCGACUCCCACGUCUUCGCGCGCCACGCGGCGAAGCUCGUGGGCGCGCUGCGGGGCCUGGGCGAGCGGCGCGAGCUGUCCUACGGCGCGACGGUCGCGCUCGACGCGUCCUUGCGGAAGUUGCUGCGCCUCGCAAGAGCGAGAAGCCACCACUGGCGCACGUUCUGCUCGCGGCCGCGCCUCGAGCGGCCCGGCGACGGGGCGAACGACGACGAGGCGCGGGGCGGGACCAUCGUCAUCGACGGCGACGACGACGCGCGGGACGACGACGACGCCGCGUCGCUCGCGGACGCGUCGGACGACGAAACUGACGGCGACGGCUUCGCCCGCGCGCCCUGCUGCGCCGUGACGCUCUUCCGCCUCUGCGUGCGGCUCCCGCGGGGGUCGGCGCGCGACGCGGCGCUCGAGCUGCUGGAGCGGUGCGCGCGGCCGCGGCCAACGGACGACGACGACGGCGCGCGCGAGGACGCGCGCGCGGACGCGGAGCGCGACGGUGCGCGCCGCGCGGAGACGCGCCACCGGCGGCGCUUCGCGCGCUUUUUAGGCUACGACAAACCGGCGGCGGCGGCGGCGCCGGGCCUGAGCCGCGCGGCGUGCGGUCUGGUCGACGCGCUCGGCGCCGAGGCCGCGCGCGACUGCCUCGCCUUCUCGGACGCCGUCGUCCUCGACGGCGACACGCGGGGCUGCCGCGCGCUGGGCGCGGCGGUGCUGCGCCACUGCUGGGCCGCGCUGCCCGCGGCCGCGCGGCGCCGCGUGCUCGAGGCGACGGCGCGGGCCGCGCCGCGCGCGCUCCGGCGCUCGGGCGGGUCGCGCGGCGCGGAGCUGCUGGCCGUCGUGCGCCUCGGGGCCGCGGCGGCGCUCGACGACGAGGCGGCGGCGCCCAAGGUCCUCGGCGGCGACGCGCUCGACGCGCUCUGCCGCGCGGUCGCGCGCGGCCUCGACGCGGGCGGCGACGACGACGGCGACCGCCGCGCGGUCUACGCGGCGACGGACGCCUUCUUCGGCGGCGGGCCGCGCUACUUCGACUACGACGCCGACGCCCUCGCCCCCGGCGCGGAUCGGCCGGACCUGGCGCUGAUCCGGGCCGCCGCGGAGGCGGACGCGUCGUCGGCGCGCGACGUCGACGCGCGCGGCGUCCUCGACGACGUCGGCGACGACGGCGACGCGGCGCUCGCCGCGGACCGCGUGACCUACGUGGUCCAGAGCGGCGAGGCCGGCGAGUCCGCGGGCGUGGUCCGGGUCGUCGGCGCGGACGCGCGCGUCGUGCCCGAGCGCGGCGCGGCGCCGGCGAGCCCGCGGUCGCGGUCCCGCGCGCCGUCGGCGCUGUCCGAGGCGACGGCGGAGCCCGCGGAGGAGGCGCCGCCCGCGCCCAAGGCGCCCGUCGCGUCGGCGCCGCGGCGCCACCGCCGGGGCCCCGCGCUGCAGGCGCUCGAGGACGUACGCAAGGGCGCGCGGUUCACGGAGAGCUGCUCCAUCGCCCAGCUCCGCGGCGUGCGGCGCAUCCACGCCAUCGAGCUGCGCCUGCGGGAGCCCCGGGGCCGCUACGUGCGGCGGCUGCGCGUCUGGUACGUCGCGCGCGAGGUCGAUAGCAUCGGCGAGCUCGCGGUCCCCGCGAACUGGCCCAAGUGGUCCGUCGCGGCGACGGCGCGGCUCACGCGGGGCCAGACGUCCGUGAAGAUCCCCCUGCCGGCGCCCCUCGUCGCCGCGAACCUGCUCUUCGAGUACGAGGACUUUUACCCGCAGCGGACGACGCCCGGCGGCGGCGCGCCGCGCGGCGGCGACCGGGGCCGCGCGGGCGCCUCCGGGUCGCGGUCCGGCGCCUGCCUCCACUGCCCGCGCUGCGGCCGCGCCGUCACGGACGCCCACGGCGUCUGCCAGCACUGCGGCGAGGUCGCGUUCCAGUGCCGCCAGUGCCGCCACAUCAACUACGAGCGUUUGGACGCGUUCUUGUGCGUGGAAUGCGGCUACUGCGCCUUCGGCGACUUCGGCUACCGGCUCCGGUCCGAGGCGGCGCCGGACGCGCUGGCCAUCGCGUCGGCGGAAGAACUGGAAGCCGCGCGGCGGCGGCUCCAGGACCGCGCGGACGUCUGCCGCGACACGCGCGCGACGCUCCGGCGGUUAUUACCGGAAUGCGCGCGGCUCGCGCGCUGCGUCGCGGGCCGCGGCGACGGGCCCGACGACGACGACGCGGGUUUGGCGCGGUGCGGCGGCGCCUGGACGGCCGUCGACGCCGCGUCGUUCGCGCUCGCGGCCGCGGCGGACGCGCGGUCGCUCGGGUCGCCCGCGGCCGCGGCGCGCGUCGCGGCGGAUUUGGGCGGGCUGCUCGCCGUCGUCGCGCCGUCGCCCCCGGUCGUGGCGGCGCUCUUCGACCGCGACCAGGUCCUGGGCUGCGACGCGGAGCCCGCGGCGCCGCCGCGGACCGGCGGCGGCCGCGACCGCGUGCUGACGCUCGAGGGCGUCGUGCCCGGCGCGCCCGCGUCGCUCGGCGCGUCGCUCGCGCGCGCGCGGCUCCGGGGCGAGGGCCCCGGCGGCCGCGGGCUCGCGUCUUUUGCGUUGGGGGGGUCGCGGGUCUUCGCGGCGCCGCCGGGCGGAGCGACGGCCUUGCUCGCGACGGAGGACCGGCUCGCGCGGCGCGCGGCGCUCCUGGGCCGCGUCGGCGCGCCGCCGGGCGCCUACGGCGCGCGGCGCGACGGGUCCCUGGCGGCGCUCUUCGUCGCCGGCGCGCCCGCGCCGCCGACGCACCGCGUCCACGUCCGCGCGCCCGCGGCCGCGGCCGCGGCGGCGCCGCCGCGCGCGCCGCGGCGCCGCGCGGCGCCGGCGACGUCGGCGCCGCUGCUGUCCCUCUCCGGCGGCCCCGGCGACCGCGAGCUCGCCUUCCUCCUCGGCGAGGGCCGCGGCCGCGGCGACGACGACGACGACGACGACGACGACGGCGGCGACGACGGGCCGCCGCGCGGCGCGGUCCGCGCGGACGACGACGACGACGACCUGCGCGACGACGACGACGACGACGACAUGGACGACGUCGACGACGACGACGACGACGACGCGAGCGCGCCGGAGCCGGCCGCGCGCGCGGGCGGCGCGGGCGGCGACGACGACGACGACGACGACGACGACGACGACGAGUUCCGCGGGGACCGCGCGGACGACGGCGAGCCCGCGCCCGCGGCGGCGCCGGCGCCGGCGGCCGACGCCGCGGCGCGGGCGCGCGCGCCGCCGCCGAGUAGGGCCGACGCGGCCGCGAGCGACGACGCGGGCUUGGACGCCGUCGCGGAAGCCGCCGAGGCCGCGGACGCGGCCGUCCGCGCGGCGCUGGCCGACCUGGCGGCCCCGGCGCCGCCGCCGUCGCCGCGGCGGCGCAAGCGCGACCGCGGCGGGUCCGCGCCGGAGGCGCCCGGCGAGGCGCGCGCGGGCCGGCUCCGCGACGCGCGCGCGGCCGUCGAGGCGCUGCUCACGGCGUCGCACCGCGAGGACCGGCGCCGCCGCGAGGCGUUGGCCAGCGCCGCCCGCGCCGAGGAGCGCGGCGACGGCCCGCGGCGGGCGGGCGGCGGCGCCGCCGUCGCGCUCUGCGACGUCUACGAGCGCGACUGCGCGGCGCUCCACGGCGAGCUCCGGCGCGCGGCGCGCGAGGCGAGCGAGACCGUGGCGCGCAUGCGCGCCUGGUACCUGCGGGACGGCGGCGGCGAGGUUCCGGACGACGGCGACGAGUCCGACGACGGCGUCGCGCUCGAGGCGCCGCGGUGCUCGCGGGCGGCCGCCGCGGCCGUCGGGCGGCUCGCGGCCGUCGCGGGCGAGCUGGCGAAGCGGCCCCGGGGCCGCGACGCGCUGGACCGCGCGGGGGUCGCCGCCGCGCUGCUCGGCGCCGCCGCGCGGCCCGCGACGACGGCGGGGUCCCGCGCGGAGUGCGGCCGCGCGCUCCGCGAGUUGUGCGCGCGGAGCGGCGGCGCGAGGACCGCCGUCUUCCUCGAGCUGCGGCGCUCCCGCGACGCCGCGCUCGCGGGCACGGCCCCCGCGGCCGCGGGCCGCGCGCUGCGCGUCUUCCGCGACCACGUCGCCGCGCCGCCCGCGGACCGCGACGGCGCGGGCGGCGCCGCGUUGUUCGAAGACUCCGAGGCCUUCGCGCGGGAGACGGCCAAGCUCGCGGCGCCCGUCGACAGCCCCGAGGCCGCGGAGCACGUGCUCCGGCCGGCGCUCGGCGUCCUCUGCAAGCUCGCGGCUUCGGAGGGCCGGGGCGGCGGGACGCUCGCGUGGCUCCGGUCCGAGCUCGCGGCGGCGCCCACCGCGGCGUCGGACCGGCGCCGCGCGCUCGCCUGGAUCUCGCCGGACAUGGCGUUGCGCGCGGCGAAGCUGCGGCGCGCCCUGCGCUGCCUCCGGGGCGCGCCCCUGGACCGCGCGGACGGCGCGCGGACGGUGGACGGCUGGUUCGCGGCCGCGCUCGCGUCGCCCGCGCUCGCGUGCCGGCGCCAGGCGAGCCUGCUCUUGUUGGCCGCCUGCGGCGAGGAGCCGGCGCCGGGCGUGGUGAACACGGCCGGCGCGCUGGCCGGUUUGGAGUUCGCGUGCGCGGCGCUCGGCGCCGUCGCGGCGGGCGGCUCGGCGAGCGGCCGCGGCGACCAGCUCGUGGCCGCGGUCUUCGAGCUCGUCGCCGACGAGGGGCCCCGGGGGCCGUCGGAGGCGACGCGGGCGCGGCGGGCUUAUUUGCGGGCCCGGGGCUUCGGGGGCUUCGCGUGCCGGCUCGCGCGGUUGGAGGCGGCGAAGGUCCUCGACCGCGACGACGCGCUCGCGACGCGGCGCCGCGGCGGCGUCGACGCGCUGGCGUCCAUCGCCGUCGCGGGCGACGGCGCGCCGGGGCUGCUGCCGCUGGCGGACCUCGCGAUCGCGCUGCGCGCGCCGGAGCGGCCCGGAAGCCCGGCGUCCGAGGGCGAGGAGUCGGCCGCGUCCGCGGCCGCGCGCGCGGCGCGCCGCGAGGCGCUCCACGUGCCCCUCGAGGCGACGCUCGCGCUGCGGGAGCUGCGGCUGCUCCGCAGCGUCGACACGGAGGACGCCGCGGAGAUGCUCGCGAGGGUCGCGCGCUUCGCGCCGGCCGCGGACCCGUCGAAGGCGCGCCGCGACUGGUUCGCCGCGCCGGAGCCCGCGGCCGCGGCGCCCAAGUGGCGCCGCGAGGACCGCUACGCCUUCCUCGCCGCGGCCUGCGACCUGCUCCGGCGGCGCCGCGCGCACCGGCUCCACGCGCUGGCCGAGGAGCCGCCGCCGCGGCUGUCGGUCGCGUCCGUCGAAGGCCUGCUCCGCGACAUGGGCGACGCCGUGUGCCCGAAGAAGGCCAAGGCGCGCGUGGCGCUCCAGCUGCGGCGCGCGCCGACGCAGGAGGAGUUCUUCCGCGGGAAUCUCCCGAGGUCGGCCGUGGACUUGGACGACGUGCCCGCGUCGACGCCGCGCGGCGCCGGCGGCGCGCGCCGCGACGACGACGACGACGGCGGCGGCCGCGAGCCGACGAUGGGCGACGUGCGCAACAAGAUCGCCAAGGACCUGGACAUGGCCGACGCGGCGGAGAUGCUGGAGCUCGUGGUCUGCGACCGCAUCGUGAAUUUGGACUUGCCCGUAAGAGGGGUCCACGCGCGCUUGUGGGCGCCCAAGGCGAACGCGCCGCGGUCGCGCGCGCACCGGCGCCAGCUCGGCGCCCUCGCCGCGGCGCUCGGCGGGCCGUCCGUGGGCGACGACGACGACGACGACGACGUCGACGACGACGACGACGACGACAUGCGCGACGACGACGACGGCGACGACGACGACGACGACGACGACGACGAGAUGGACGAGGACGACGUGGACGACGACGACGACGACGGCGACGCGCACCCGCUCCUCGACGACGACGACGACGACGAGCUCGACGACGACGACGACGAGGGCGCGGCGCACCCGGCCAUCGCGGCCGCGUCGGCCGCGCUCGGCCUCGCGUCGCCUCCGGCGCUCGGCGGCCGGAGCCCGCGGUCGCCGGGCUCCGGCGACCGGUCGCCGAAGCGGCGGCGGCGCGCGAAGCGCCAGCUGCCGCCCAUGCUCGUGACCUACCGCUUGACGGGCGUCGACGGCGAGGCGACGGAGGAGCGGCUGGAGACGCUGGGCGGAGGCGGCGCGAAGUCGGACGCGGCGGACAAAUACGCGGCGACGGCGGCCAUCGCCGCGGCGGACGGCCUCGUGGAGCUCGUGCGCCUGGUGGCCACGGGCGACGAGGCGCUCGUGCCCCGGGCGCUGAGUUUAUUGCGCAUGUGCGCGCAGGUCGAGGCGCACGCGCGGCAGCUCGCGGAGCUCGGCGCGCCCGGCGCGCUAUUGGCGCGGCUCGUGUCCGCGCUCAAGGCGCGGAGCGGCGCGACGGAGAUGGUCGAGAAGCUGCUGAGUCUAUUGGAGCGCCUCGCGCCCGCGGCCGCCGAGGCGUCGUCGGGCGGGCAGGCGUCGCAGACGCUGUCCGACGACGACGGGUCGCACUUGGAGACGUUGGUCGGCGGCCUCGGCGACCCGCGCGUCGCCGCGGCGCUCGUGCGGACGCCGGCGCUGCGCAAGGCCGUCUGCCGCCUGUUGCCGGCGCUCGCCUACGGCAAGAAGGACGCGGCGGAUUCGCUGGCCGCGCGCGUCGCCGACUGCGCGAGGGAUUUGGCCAGCUGGGCGACGUGCCGCGGCGACGACGCGCGCGUCGAGGCGUCGUGCCUGCGCGAGGCCGUCGAGGGCCUCGGCGGCUUCGGCGAUCACGACGCCCUGGCGCCGGGCGCCGAGGACGUCGGCGACGCGCUCGCGAGGGUCGGCUUUGCAAAGUCAUUGGCGGAGGCGCUGGCCGCCGCUUUACCGAAGCGGUUCCCGAAGCUCGCCUGGGCCGAGAAGCGCGCCGACGUCGCGAGCCCCGCGGACUGGGUCGCGGCCCUCGACGCGGCGACGCCGACCAUCGAGGCCUGCGUCGACGGUCUGCGGGGCUGCUGCCUCGCGUCGCGCGCCUGCGGCGCCGCGGCGCUCGCCGCGGGCGCGCUCGCCGCGUGCCACGGCCUCGAGGCGCUCCAGGCGCCGAAGCACCGCGGCGCGUCGCUCAAGGCCGAGGCGCUCCUCGACGCCGUCGCGCGGUCGCGCCACGGCGGCGCCGCGGCCGCGGUUGUUGAGUUACGGAAAGCUUCUUCCGACGCGCGGAGCGCGUACGCUUUGAAACGGCGCGCGCGGACGCUCAAGCGCCUCGGCCUCGAGGCCCCCGAGCCCGCGGCGGCCAAGGCGGCGCCCGCGCCGGAGGAGGACCCGGAGCUCGGCGGGCCCCGGUGCGUCGUCUGCCGCGAGGGUUUCCGGUCGCGGCCCCGCGACGCGCUCGGCUGCUACGUCUUCUCGAAGCUGGCCGUCGCCGACGUCGGCCGCGGCGACGGCGCGUUUCUGUUGGACGACGACGACCGGAAGCCGCGCGCCGGCGCCGGCGGGCGUUUGGCGUCGGCGCCGUCCGGCGGGUCGUCGCGCGCGGCGCCGCCGGCGCUGUGCUCGUCCGUGUCCGCCAUGCACUGCAUCCACGUGUCGUGCCACCGCGACGCGACGCGCGCCGAGCGGUCGCUGCGGAGCCCGCGCAACGAGUGGGACGGCGCGACGCUGCGGAACUCGCGGGUCCUGUGCAACUCGAUCGUGCCGCUGAAGCCGCCGCCCGGGGCCGGCGGCGACGACGGCGACGGCGACCGCGCGGCGGCGGCGGCGGCCUACGCGUCGGCCGUGGACCGCCACUUCUCGCGCGCCGCGCAGCUCGGCGUGCCGUCGUCGAGCGGCGGCGGCGCGCAGCGGACCUCUCGCUUCGCGCUCGCCGCGCACGACGCGCGGCUGCUAUUAUUGCGCCUCGCGCACCGCGAGCCGCUCCACGACGAGUGCGGCGGCGGGUCCCGCGAGUCGAACGCGCACCUCGGGCUCUACCUGCUCCAGCUCGCGGGCCACCUGCUGGCCGCGCCGCACGCGGCCGACGACCGGUCGCGCGUCGCCGACCUCCGGAAGGCCUUCGCCGCCAGGACCAGGGACCUCGACGUCUUCGCGACGGCGUCGGCGCCGGCGCCGGCGCCCGCGGCGCCGCGGGGCCGGUCGCCGUCCGCGAGCCAGCCCGGCGACGCGGCCGCGCAAUUGGCCGAGGCCGCGCCGUACGUCGCCUUACUCGGCCUCUUCGCGCGCGGCGCGGACUGGGGGCCCGCGCAGCGGCGCCUCUACGCCAAGCUCGCCCUCCGGCGCGCGUUGGACCGCGCGCGGACGCGCGCGGCGGCGUCCGCGGCCGCGCGCGACCACCGGCGGCACCGCCGCGGCGACGACGCGCCGUCGGCCGCGGCCGCGUCGCCGCCGGCGAGCCCCCGCGACGGCGCGCUCGACGCGGCGACGGCGACGCGCGCGCGCACCUACGCCAAGAGCGGCCUCACCUACGUCGCGCUGCUCGACAAGCUCCACGCGCUCGUCGACGUCGCGGUGCCCGCGCGAACCUCCGACGGCGGCGGCCGCGUCGACCUCCACGCGGGCGACCACGCGCGCGUCGCGGCGGCCGCCGCCGACCUCGCGACCUUCUACGACGACGACCUCCGCGACGCGGACUCGCCGGCCGACGUCCUCGACAAGCUCGACCUCGGCGCCGCGGGCCUCGACCUCCCCGACGACGCGCUCGCCCUCGCGCUGUCGCUCAUCCCGAGCCUCUCCUUCCGCGCCCCGGCCGCCGCGCCGCGGACCUCCACGCGCCGCGCGGCGAACUUUCACGCCGAGGGCGAUCUGAGCGGCGACUUCCAGCUGAGCGGCCUCUGGAAGCUCGAGCGGCGGCCGUGCGUCGACGAGGCGCUCCCCGCGGCCGUGCCCAUCCAGCCGUCGUGGUCCGGCUGCCGCUGGACGUCGCCCGCGCGCGCGCGCGUGCUCGCCGACAGCGUCCUCGUGACGCUCGAUUCGAGGGGCGGCUUCUCGACGCCGCCGGAGACGCCCGCGGACCGCGCCGUGCGGGGCCGCUGGUCCUGCGACGGCGCGGAGCUGAAGAUGAGCCGCUUCGGCCGCCACGCCUGCAACGUCGUCGAGACCUACACGGGCAACUACGAGCGCGGCGAAGGGGUGAGCGGCACGAUGUUGUUCGGGGCCGUCGAGCCCGAGUACGCGGGCACGUUCACGAUGACGCAGCAGCUCGCGAGCCUCCAGCCCGUGGUGGAGAACGUCAAGCCGAACCGGACCACGCCCCUCUUCAAGUGCGACCAGAUCGUCGGCAAGUGGAGCCUCGACUUCUCGUCCGAGACGUCCAUCUCCGCGUACGAGGUCGUGCUCUACGGCAACCGCACCUGGGAGACGACGUCGGACCUGGGCAACGGCGCCAAGCUCGCGGGCAAGUGGAACCUCUUCGACUCGGGCAUCGACCUCACGUCGGGCAUCGACGGCUCCGGCGGGCGCAUCUGGCUCUGGCUCCGCCGCUUCGGCGGCUCGACGGCAGUGACGACGGGCGUGCACCUCAACCACGACAGGCUCUACAUCGGCGCGCUCACGGCCGCGCCGACGCCGCCGGGCGCCGACGACGACGCGCCGCCGUCGCCGCGCCGCAUCAAGGGCCAGGUCGCCAUCGGCUGGUCCACGGAGCCCGCCUUCAUCGGCUCCUUCCGCAUGAAGCUGUGUGGAAAUCAACCACUCGUUUGGGGGGUCCCCACCAAACUUCAGAACUCUCUAUCUCGGCCAAAUCGAAGUCGAUUCGGCUGA